UCGUCGUUUGCCCCGGAAGUGGAGCGAAGAAGAGCCCAGAGUCGGCGGGGGAGGGGGGAGCGCUUCCCCCCUAAGCCGGUAGCCACCGACAGCGGCCGUCGCGGCGAGCUACGAUGUCGGAGCCCGCGGGCACGGGUUGAGCCGGAGGGCGGCGGCCCCUCGCCCGCCCGGAGCCCCCUCCUCCUGCCCUCCUCCUCCUCCUCUUUCUCUUUCCUCCCUUCCGUCCGUCCGUCCGUCGCGCCCCGCUGGAAGCUGGCGGAGCUGGGCCGGGCCGGGGGCGCGGCGGGCCCCGCCGGCGGGAUGAUGCGCUCGCAGUGCCUGCUGGGCCUCCGGGCCUUCCUCGCCUUCGCCGCCAAGCUCUGGGGCUUCGUGCUCUACCUCCUGCGCCGGCAGGCCCGCACCGUGAUCCAGUAUCAAACGGUGCGCUACGACAUUCUUCCCCUUUCCAAGGUCUCGCGGGAACGGCUCAAUCAGGUGAAGAGGAAGAUCCUCGUCCUAGACCUGGAUGAGACGCUGAUCCACUCCCACCACGAUGGGGUCCUGAGGCCGACGGUGAGGCCUGGCACGCCUCCCGACUUCAUCCUCAAGGUUGUCAUAGACAAGCAUCCAGUCCGCUUUUUUGUACAUAAGAGGCCGCAUGUGGACUUUUUUCUAGAAGUGGUGAGCCAGUGGUAUGAGCUUGUCGUCUUCACAGCCAGCAUGGAAAUCUAUGGCUCUGCUGUGGCCGACAAGCUAGACAACAACAGGAGCAUCCUGAAGAGGAGAUACUACAGACAGCAUUGCACUUUGGAGCUGGGCAGUUACAUCAAAGAUCUUUCGGUCGUUCACAAUGACCUGUCCAGCAUAGUCAUCCUGGACAAUUCGCCAGGAGCCUAUAGGAGCCAUCCAGAUAACGCGAUACCCAUCAAGUCCUGGUUCAGUGAUCCCAGCGACACGGCGCUUCUCAACCUGCUCCCCAUGCUCGAUGCCUUGAGGUUCACAGCUGACGUCCGGUCGGUGCUGAGCCGGAACCUGCACCAGCAUCGCCUUUGGUGACGGCGGCUCCUCCUUUCUUCAGGGUUUGGCCCACGACCUCUGCCUUAUCCCGCCAUCGCGACCCCCCCGCCCUUGCCACGUGGACUCCGGCGACUGUGCUCGGACUCGGCCAGCCGGGAGGGGAAGAGCUGGGAGCAAGCCGCCCGCCCCUCGCCCCGCUCCCUGUGCCAGCCGGCCACCCACCUGCUCUCCGAACACCCGCCGGUCGGCCAGAGCCCGGCUUCGUGACUACACAGGGCCGUUAUUCAGGAGGGCUAGCGCUCUUGGCAUGGCGCCAACUGCUCUGGGGGGGGCAGAUGUACAAGAAAGGGGGUGAAACAAGCCAGCCGCACCGAGGAGUGCGACAGACACUUGAGACGAGGCUGCGUUUCUUUUUGGAAAGACCGAGCUCCCUGUACAAAGAUCUAACUUUUACUGCUUUUA